AUGGCUGAUAGUCAUGAUAAUACACAAAAUUCUAAUUCAUUAUUAAAGAAAAAAAAAAGUAUUCGUGUUUUUAUACCUCGUCGACAACGUACGGUGAAACGUGGAAAACGUAUGUUUUCUCAUAUAUCAUCAUCAUCUAUCAAUUCACAUAAAACAAUGGCAUCAUCAUCGAAUAAUGUUCAAGAAUUAGUUUCAUUAAUAGAACAAAAAAUAAAUAAUAAAAAAAAUAAAUCUCGACAUAAGAAAAAUAUUAUUGUUGUUAAUUAUAAACCUGUUUUUGUUAAUUGUUAUAAAGACAAAUCAUUUCAAAAUCCUAAAUCAACAUCAAACUCAAAAUCUCAAACAAAAUCUAUUCAUACUAAUAAUGAUUUUUCAUCUUCAAAUCAUUAUGGUCGAAAAUCGAGUUUUACAACAGCAACAACAACGACAACAUCCAAUGGUUCACCAUUACGUUCAAUGUCAAAUAGUUCACAAUAUCAACAACCACUUUUACUUGAUGUACCUGAUGUUGAAGAUCCAUUAAAAUUUAUUGAAAUAAUGUAUCAACAGUUAUUUACUGAAGAUGGUCGUUUACGUAGUGAAGCAGAACCAUUAGCAUUUGCAAAUUGUGUUCAACAAAUAGUAACAAAUUCAAGAAAAAAUUCUACAUCAUCAGCAUUUUCAAAUCGAUCUACAUCGUCACAUUUAAAACCUGUGAAUUUCGAUACAAAUCAUCAACAACGAAAAUUUUCAUCACCUUCAAAUCAUCAUCCUCAUCAUAUGCAAACACCAAGAGCUACAUCAUUAUCUUCAUCACCUCAUAAUAUUCUUAAUGAACAUUACGAUACAUAUAGUGAAGAAGAAGACGAAGAAACUCAAACAUUUAUGCAAACAAAUAAUCCACAUAAAAUAAUCAAGUCUGAUAAUGAUAUAUCUCGAAAAAAUACAAAUAAUCAUCUUCAACUUCAUACAUCUUCAAAUUCAUAUCAUCAAAAAGAAUUAUUAACAAAUCAAACAACAACAACAGCAAGUAAUGGUUUUCAUAUAUCUAUAGAUGAUACAAGUAGUGAAGAUCUUGAUACAUUUUCUGAUAUGGAUUUUAUGCAAUUUAAUAAUACAACAAUGCAACAAUCACCAAGUGUUGAUGAAGAUUUAACACAUACAGAUUCAAGACUUUUAUCAUCUGGUUAUCAAUCAUUAGAUCGUUCAAGAAAAUCUUUUGAACAAAACAAAUCAAUUAUAUUGAAAUCUUAUUCUGAAAAUGAUUUAUAUUAUUUAGAAGAUAAAAAUCAUAUUCAUCAUUGUAAAAGUUAUAUACGUUCAUCAAAUAUAAUUGUGAUGCCACCUAGAAUAUCAACAUCAUUAUCAUUAACAAAUAUCAUUAAACGACUACAACAACCACUUGGAAAAAUAUUAAUGAAAUAUGUUAAUUUUAUUCUUAUUACAAAAAAUGUUCUUCUUUUACCAUUAUUUAUUUUUCUUCUACGUCAACGACCAAUGCAUAUAGGAGUUUAG